UUGUGAAUGUAACUAAAUAUUAUGUGGUUCUCUUGUCACUCUCAAUUAAAGGUUAAAUUUUUGUGAUUUUCAAAUGCUGAACAUAGAAAUCUGAGUCGUGAAGAAACUUUAUUCUAUUUUACUUGAGAAUAGCAACAACAUUCAAAUAAUUUUUGGCUUUCUUAUAACACAAUCUGAUUGAAUUACUAGAAGAAGAAAUUUGAAGCUUUAAAUAAGCAAAAAGAAAAUGAACAUUUCAUCACUCAAUCACUUACUAUUGCAGUUUGCUUUGUUAUUAUUGUUAUUAAACAAUUAUGAGACAGUUGCCUAUCACGAUGACAUGCACAACGUAGCAAAAAGAUUGGAUGUAGACAUAUGUACAGAACGAUUUGACAUCCAUUCGUCGACAAUUAUUCGCACUGAAGAGUCAAAAUUAAUGGGAGCAAAAUUUCUCAACGAUGAAGACGUCGCAACAGCUGAUACUUGCUUAAAAAUGUGCUGUGAAACGAGCGAGUGUGAUGUUUUCAUUUACGAAGAAAAGAGUACUGGCACGUGCUUUCUUUUUCAUUGUGGAAUGCCUGACAACUUUCGAUGUAAAUUUACAUCGCACUCAAAUUAUACGAGCGGCAUUCUCACUGUUCCUAGACGAGAAUUUGAUGCACCCACAAAUCCACCUUUGCUAGCUGCUUUGAAGCCAAAGCUGUCGCAAAAUGAGUUAGAAUUAGUCAAUUUGAAACGUCCAUCAAAUGCAUAUCACUUAUCUCCAGAUUUAAUACCACAAACAACAUCAACGAUUAUGCCAAAUGGCGUUAGGUUGGUAGAUGUCACAAGCACCAGUUCAACAUCUACUACCAAGUCAUCAUGUGGCAGAUUUCAAUUUCAAUGUCAGACCAGCAGAGAAUGUAUUGCGAUUUAUAACGUUUGCGAUCAAAUCGCGCAAUGUGAUGAUGGAAGCGAUGAGGGACCUGAGUGUCCCACAACAAAUUCCGCCGCAAAAACUUUACCUAAUGUUGUUGAAAGUCAACCAAGAUUGGACAACCAAGUUAAUCGAAAUCGUGUCGUAAUGCCAGUGAAUAUUAAUGAUAACUUUAAUCAAAUGCCGCGACCGAUGCUUCAUAAUCGAGAGGACCCUUUGUCGGCUCCAAAAUAUCCGCAAAGUCAUGUUACACAGUAUACUGACACCGACACAGAUAGCCGCAUCUUCAAUCAUAAAAAUGGCUUGUUAAGCGGAAACUUCCCGCAACAAUUUCCCACAAAACUUCAACAUGACCCAUUUAUGAUGCCGCAACAACCAGACCCACAGAUGAUUGAAGAUCCAAUGUACCGUGAACAACCGCAAAUGACUCGAAACGAUUGGCCACAAAUUAUGCCCCAGCAGUCACAAAUACCUCAAGUCAAACAAAAUCCCGUGUGGCCUGAUAAGCUUGUUAAAGAAACUCCCGUGGUAAUUGAUAAAACAAGAAAAAAAGUCACAAAUAAAGAUGAUGCAGAAUAUUCCGAAGAAUAUUCAGAAACAGAUGAAAGUCAAAGUGAAUAUGAAAGUGCAACAACUACUGAGGCUCCUAAAAAGAAAUCUCGCAAGCAUAAGAAAGUGAAAGGCCAGAAGGAUAAACAAAAAAAUCACGAAAAGCCACUACACGAUCAAUUGAAGCAGUUGAAGAAUUCAAAAAAUGUGGAAGCUCAAUUUAUUACAGAACAUAGUGGUCACGUUGAGAAACCAACUGGAGCAGUUUUGUCACUCACACUCGGUUGCUUGGUUUUAGCUGCACUUUCAGUUUUGAUCGGAUGUCGCUUACGGCGAGUUAAUGUGAGACGUAGACGUGGAAAAUCUGUUGAAGCUGAUUAUCUUGUGAAUGGUCUUUACUUGUAAAUUUUUUUUUGUGUUUCAUUUGAUGUUUAGAUAAUGUCUCACAACCGACAUUUUUUCCUCUGUUUUUUGUGUUCUUCCCCGUCGCAUCUUCCCAUGAAAUGUUAAACUUUAAAAAAUAUUUUUUAUUGCAGCUUACGAAAGAACAAUAAAGACAAAAAUGUAUUAUACAGA